UUCUCUUUGGGCAACAUCGUAGCGUGCUACGUUGUCUGUCAAGAAUCUGAAUCAAGUUUACUUGUUAGAAAAGUGUAAAAUUACAAUAUUUCUAUUUAUCGUUCUAUUCCCAACAAGAUUUAUUUAUAAUAAACAAAAUGACUGAAACAACAGAGAACGUAAAGAUCAACAAAUGGGACGGUGCUGCUGCCAAAAAUGCUAUUGAUGAUGCUAUCAGAGAGGUGUUGACUGUUGAUUUGAAGUGCAAGGAGAGUUUUGCUCUUAUUGACGGGAGGUUGUUCCUCUGUGCUUUGGCUGUUGGAGUGGCUCACGCUCUGCUCUGGGAUUACCUGUACCCAUUCCCUCAGUCUAGACUUGUCCUUAUUAUCUGUGUGUCAUCAUACUUUGUACUUAUGGGCAUUCUGACUCUAUACACCACAUUCAAGGAGAAGGGUAUAUUUGUAGUAGCCAAGGAGAAAGUUGGAAACACUUCAAGGAUUUGGGAGGCAAGCUCCUAUGUCAAAAAACACGAUGAUAAAUACAACCUGGUGCUGGUCUUCCGCGACUCUAACGGCAGGCAUCUGGAAGCCACUGUGAUCAAGUCGUUCGCCCAUUACAUUGAUGCUAACGGCACCGUCGUGCAAUCCCUCGUUGUCAGCGAUAUUACCAAGCUGUACCAAUCGCUUCAGGCUGAAAAAAAGACUAAGUAAACUCUAUAUAUCUAUACUAAGGUCUGAGUUAUUAUAAUUUAAUAUAAUAAAAAUUCAAUAUGUAUAAA